AUGGAGGAGGAACCAACUGCGGUUCCUACGGGGUCCGAAGAUACGGAGGUGGCUCGCCCGGCUUCACCAACUCGUCCGGCGACUUCCCAGCGCAGUAACGUGGCUUCUCCCUCGUCUCGCGCUUCUUCGCCACCGGUUGGUGCUUCCCAACAAGCUCCUACCUCUUACGAGCUCGAGAUGCAGCUAUUAUUUGGAUCUGACGACGAUGAGGAAGCUCCAAGCGGUCCGAAGGAGUCUCGUGAACCUGCUGGGCUGGUGUCACCUUAUCGUUCGUCCUCUGAUGAAGAUACCCCGUCGCCUCCCAAGCGUUCGGACAGCACACCAAUCUCCAAGCAACCUUCGGUUCCACCUUCUCAAUCCCCUGAUUCUUCCGAUGGCGACGAGGGUGACUCCAGCAAUGAUUCUCACGAUGGCGAUGGAGCUGGUGAAGAUGAUCCUCAAGGCGAACUAUCGCUCACGUCCUCGAAUGUUGCCCACGACACUGUCAUAGCCGUGCCGACUUUCGCUCCUGCGAACGCCAAGUGA